AUGUGGCACAAGGCUGUGGUGGUUGCCAAUCAGAUAUAUACACACAAUUUUCCUGAAUGUAAACUGCUUGAAGCUGGAAUUGAGACACUGACCCCAUCAUGGCUUGAUAAACUACAAUUGGACAUGAUCCUGAUGAGCCCACCAUGUCAACCCUUUACCCGGAUUGGUAAAAAACGUGACUGCGCUGAUGGCCGUACAUCCUCUUUCCUUCAUAUUCUUGACUGCUUGCCAAAAUUAAAUCAUCGUCCAUCAUACAUUCUCUUGGAAAAUGUAAAAGGUUUUGAAAUAUCCGAGGCCAGGGAAAGAUUGAUGUCAACUCUGGAGAAAUAUGGCCACUUUAUUCAGGGUGCAGGAUCUGCCAUACAAAUGGCUUUUGAUAGUCAGGCACUGAAGGAUGCUUACCACUUGAAAAAGAAGGCAGUUGAACUGAAGAAUCGACAUGAAUGGCAGGAUGAGGAACUGUCUAUCAUUCGGAAGCUAAAACUUCGAUUUUUCACUCCCAGAGAAAUUUCCAACCUUCUCUGCUUCCCAGAAUCAUUCACUUUUCCCAAAGAGACGACAACACGUCAAAAAUACAGAGUUUUAGAAGUGGGGGUCACAAACUUUGCACAUGACCAGAAACCCCUUUUUUCUUUUUCUUAUUUUUUUUUCUUUUCUUUUUUCUUUCUUUUUCUUUCUUUUUUCCUUUCUUUCUUUUUUUCUCUUUCUUUCUUUUUUUCUCUUUCUUUCUUUUUUCUCUUUUUCUUUUUUUCUCUUUCUUUCUUUUUUAUUUUUUUGUUUCCAUUUGCAUUAUGCAUAAAUUAA